CUUGACGGCAAUUUAAAUAAAGGAUUGUCCGUCAUUUAAUGUCAUUUUCCCCGUUCGUGCCCGGUCUUUUCGACUCCUACAACCAUGCAUUGCUCAGUCCAGUUUUUUCGCCGUGGACAACCAGACGUGCGCCUUAUUAUGCCGUCCAUAUUUUCACAGAUCAACAAAACAAUGGUACCGGUACGAUGCAACUAAGGCUUGGGAUCACCCAAUAGAGGUAGCGGCUUGUAGCCUGACGGUCUAGCGGCUUUUCACCUUUAUAGUGUGAGCUGCAUCUUGUUUUGGAAUGCAGUUAAUUGUACUGCUCUGGGUCAGCCGGCCGGAAACGUUUCGCAAACAUAGCAGUACCGGUACACUCGACAAAGAUUCAGCCUAGCCCAUCAACAAAACUUGUGAGUUGUGACUAUACGGUGGCGCAGUCGUAUAUUAGUCUUUGCACUCUCCACCUUGAGAAGGGUGUUGGCUUGCAGCCGUUGUCUCCCCGCACCGCGCCACCGCCGCACGGCCUACCACAGGGCUGAAGUGGCGAGCUUUGGUGCUGCCAAUGCCGCAAUAAUUUGCAGACUAUUUUCCUGCGGUGGGCCAGAGCGCUUUGCUACUAAAGGAAAUGGACUUGUUGGUGGCCGCAGCGUCAAGUGCUCCGCCGGCUGACUUCGUUCCUAGCCGCAAAGAGCAGCUCAUCUCCACCGUGGACCCAGCACGGCAAAAGUGCGGUGCUGAUAGCGUUCAGCAUGCCCUGGUUACCGAAAAGCGUUGCAAGCGGAGGGCGCAGGCUGAGGCCCCAGCAUGUCUUUCGCUGCCGAAUGACAGCGGCUUCGCUAAGGACCACGCAUUGCUCUUUCCACCAGUGUUGCAAGCCGCUAAAAGGAGGGAGGGCGAGACCGUCUCCAUUCGGGACAAGGUCGUUUCGCCUCGGGUCUCCAAGGAGGUGUCGGCUGUUGUCCAUACACUCUUGGGUACGGACGAGAAGCCAUCGGUGCCGCAUAACAGUUGGCACUUGGCGGAAGUAGGGAAGGUUCGCCUGCACACGCGAAAUGCUUGGAUCGAGGGGCCUACGCAUAAUCCUCUAGUGUCGUUGCUAACCCUUAUGGGCUCGUGCUAUGUACUUCGGCAACUCAGUGUGGCCGAAGCCCUAAGGCUGCGCUCUACCUGCCGCGCACUGCGUGAUGCGGUGGACAAGGACUUUGACCAAGGCCUGGUCACCAAGCUUCAGGAGACACGCAGAAUCCUGUGGGGCAUGCCAGCCUCAGCGGCCCUGAAGGCCCCUGCAGGCGACCCGGCGAAGCUCAGGCUCUUUGUUGCUGUCAGCCUUGACGCGGGGCAUCUGCAACCCAUCAGUGCACGGGUAAAGCGCAGGGAACGUGGGCAGCAUAUCGACUUGUAUGGCCUUAAGAGCGUGCUGGCAAAUGCGAAGGCUGGCGAGGUUCCGCCGAAAGCGGUGGUCCAGGCUUUUAGCCUUUACCGGCCAAGCCCCGGCGGGCUGCUGCUGGUCGUACACCUUACCAGCUACGGCUCCGAGGAGACAGCGCCCGCUGGGACCCCGGAAGCUUCGGAGCCCGGGUCUGAGAUGCAGGAUAAUUUGCUCAUGCGACCCACCAAGAAGCCUAGGUGCCUUUCCAGCGCAGAGGUUGCGACCGACGCAGCAGUGCCACCUGUAGCGUCCGUUGUGCGGCCCCGACACCCGUCAACCCCCGGCUUUGGUCCCAUUCUGGCCCAAGCGCCGACCCGGAAGCAGGGCCAUGUCUUGCAGCGCACCAGCCAGCAGUACGGACUGCCCGCCAGAGUCACCAAGGCACUCAUGGGCGAUGCGCAGGUCCUUGUGUCCCAGCCACGCACAUGCUGGUCAGUGGAAGCAGGCAUCAUAAGAUGCUCGGACAAUAGUGACAGUGGCCUGCGAAAGUUUGCACCCUCAGCUGGGUCUUCAGCAGGCUUGGUCCCCGCCAGCAGCAGCCAGGGCGGGCCCGUUGCAGGUCCCGGGGAAGCCGGGUCCAGCAGAGUGGCCCCAGCACUGUGGCAGCCGAAGCUGCUGGUCGGCGUGAGCGUGGACGGGCAGCCGGUUAUCCCGGUCGAUGCAAAAGUGGCAAGAUACGUCACUGACACCAAGGUCAUUUUUCAAAAGCUCAGGACUGCAUUGACGGAAGCCACUGGCAACGAUUCCAUCCUUGGCUCGGUCGUGGUCUAUGGCUCGACACUUUAUAAACCAGACCCUGACUGGUUGCUGCUUGUUGUGGACUUGGGCACUCGGCAGAAGCAGGCUGCUGUGGAGGACGGCGAGCAUUCUGCCUCACCACCCUCAGCGGUGCAGGGCGAGCAUUCUGCCUUGCUACCCUCAGCGGUGCAGGGCGAGCAUCCUGCGUCGCCACCCUCAGCAGUGCAGGGCGAGCAUUCUGCCUCGCCACCCUCAGCGGUGCAGGGCGAGCAUCCUGCCUCGCCACCCUCAGCGGUGCAGGGCGAGCAUCCUGCCUCGUCACCCUCAGCGGUGCAGGGCGAGCAUCCUGCGUCACCACCCUCAGCAGUGCAGGGCGAGCAUCCUGCCUCGCCACCCUCAGCGGUGCAGGGCGAGCAUCCUGCCUCGCCACCCUCAGCGGUGCAGGGCGAGCAGGGUACCGCACCGCCACCGCCUGAACCGCUAGUGCUGCAGCAGGACGGGCUGCAGCAGCCAUGUCUGGCAGUGGCCGAGCCCGGGUCUACCCAUGGGAAGGCGGCUACAGGGCAACGGCAGCAGGGGAUGAGCGAAGCUGAGCGCUCGCCUGCCAUGGACGGGGCCGGUGGCGCCACACCACCGGCGGGGGGCAGCCAGGAGGGAGGAGCUGCUGCUGGGGGGACCGGAGGUAGCGGAGGCACAAUAGGCCAGGCAGAAGGGCCGGAGGCCGCGGGUAUGCCCUCGCCGCCGCGGAUCAAGAUUAAGCUUCGACGCCCGGCCGGUGUGCUUGCUGCGGCGGAGCGGAUAGACGCUGCCUCCAUACCAGCCAAUGCUAGCACUCCACAGCAGCUGCUCGCCAGCUUGGAGCCGUUACUUGAGCCAAGUGCAGCCCGCAGCAGCGGAGGCAGUGGCAGCACCGCAGCGGCGUGCAAUGGCAUAGCAACAGAUGGCCCUGAGACAGGCGGGAGUGGUCUGGGGGAGGAAAGGCAAGCCCCGCACGCCUGCAGUAGAAGAGACCAAGAAAGGGAUCCCGAUAACAGCUUUCAGUUGAAGUUGGUGGCGUUUGAGAGGAACAAGAAAAGACCUUUUGACAACACCUUCAUCAUACCCAUGAGGCCGUUCGACGAACUUGCCGUGUGCUGGGACGUAGCGCCCGCGGCCGCCUUCAAUUUAACUUUCAUAACUGACAUGUGGCAGAAUGGAGCAGUUGAGGAGUUUGGACUUGAACUGAAGCGCGCUCGUGACUUACGCAAGAAGACGCUGUUCGUGGGUGUGGCCGCUUCCGACUCGGCUGGCAAGCACCUUGCCCUCUCACCCGCUGAUGUACAUCUGGAGCAAGUCCGGUGCCGCGUGGGGGGCGCCAAGGCCAAACCCCAGCUGGCUGCUACGAUCAUGCCGCAAAGCAUGUUUGGAGAAACACAAAGGGCGAGCGCCAUGUCCAGUUAUGACAGUUUCUUGUACAUGUCUGAGGACGAGAAGACUAUCUUCUUUCUCGUCCGCUUGCGGAAAAGCCCGCAGUUCUGUCCCCAGCAGGCAGGAAUCGCCCCUCAGGACCCCCUAGUGAAGGCUCCAGUUGUGCGGGUAUCCUUUGCGAUACCGCCGCUGGCCCUUGCGGAUAGUAUCAGGGCAAAUGCCGGUAGCCAGGUUGCGCACGUCGCUUCCAAGCCAGCCUCCUUGCCGGGCGGCGCUCGCCCAGCAGCCGUAGAUGUGCUGGAAGACGAUGAGGUGUCUGUACCAGCGCUGACUACAGCGCCAACCACCGCGUCACGACCAUCAGUGGUGUCUUCUGUCCUCGACCGGGUGCUCCGGAGCUUCCCUGCUGCUCCUGAGGCCGAUGCGGCGCGAUUACAGGCGUUUCAACCGCUGCUGCGUCUGGCCGCUGAAGCUGUCGCUGCUGCCGAUAAAGGUUUCUUCGGCGGGCACCUUGCCGACGCCGACCAGCCAGCACAGCCUUUCCUGGAGCCUCAGAAGGACACGGUUCCAGGCCCAGCCAGCAGCGGUGGUCUGGACGCGCUGUCGCCCAACAGUAGCGGCGGCUACAGCCCCGUUUACAGUACCAGUGGUGACACAGGCGCGCGUGAGGCGGAGGACCGUCGUCCGGAUGCGAGUCUCAUUCAGGCUGGGAGGGGCCUGGGUCUUGCUGGAAGCAGCUUCAGAGGCGCUGGCACGGGCGCAGCCGCUGCUGCUCCUACACCGCUGGAUCCACAUCCCGGACAGCUGACGCCCGCUGGGGUGCCCGUCGCUCCAAUAAGAGCCAGCGCAGCCUCUACAGUGCCUACGGACGGCUGCACCACGAUGCCGGCGCCCGCCACAGCGCCGCCAGUUGUAGCGCCAGUUUGCAGCGCGGGCGCCGCUGCCACGUCAGCCGGUCGUCCAGUGUUUAGGCUGCGGCAUUCCGCUUCUUCCGCUCUGCCGUUAGGCCGGCCUGCUGCUUCCACGGCGCCUGGUGAGCAUGCUACAGAGGGUGGCACCACCACCUCUCAGGCCAACCACCGCCCGCCCACCGCCUCUCGCCCAUCUGUGCCGCCGCCGAUUCCCGUCAAUCCCGCUGUCUCGCGCUGCACAGCUGCAUUGCUACAGCAUGCCGCCGCCUCUCCCGGUGCAUCCGGGUUCCUUCCAGCUGCCAACGCCGGUCCGUCCGAACCAGAACUGCACCCUAAGCAGCAGCUGGGAGCUGGCCCGAAUGCGGAAGCACCCGCUGCGGCGGCGUCAGCACUACUGCGUGUGCAGGAGCAGGCGGUGGGAGGUCCCAAAGAGAAACAGUCCUCAUGCGGCGGCGUUCAGAAGCGGAAAGCGGCCUCGCCGCCGGUAUGUGAGUUGGAUUCCAGCGCCUCUGAUGAUGAUGUAGGCGUUGAAAGUGGCGACGACGGUGAGGUCGGCGCGAGGUCUGGGAGCCAGCCGUCCAUGGUCGUGGCGUGUUUGUUGAAGGGCAUGGAGCGGCUUGAGCGCAAGAACGCACAAAUGCGGCGGUUGUUAGCGGCGAAGAAGAGCGAGGCAGCAGCACACGAAAGCGCGGGCUUGGCUGCACGCCUGGCCGCAGAUGAGGCGAUGGCCCGAGCAUUGGCGGCAGAGGAAGCCCGCAUGCGGCUGCUGGCUUCAUUAGAGGAGACCCGCGCGAAGCUGGAGGAGGAGUUACAGCGGGAACGCUUGGCUAGGCAGCAGGCGGAAGCAGCACUGCAGGCGCAGACGGCGCAAGCAAAUGAAGCACAGAGGGAGGUCGAGCGGCUGCGUUUAGAGCUUGAACAAGAGCGUACAGAAAGUACUGAGGCGCGUAAUUUGCUGGCCCAGUUUCAGGCUUUCACUCAAAAAUAUACACCAAAAGGUACAUAAUAGUGUGGUCAUUUGGCUACAAGUGGCUUUAAUGGAGUUUGACAGCCACAACCCAUGGCGUGCUGGUACUAGUGACUGCCCGUGCGUGUGGUGGUGGUCCACGACCCGUGGGUCGGCGUCUAUUAUUGCAGGGGCUUUUGCCCACUGAUGGUAAGUUGGGUUGGGAACGGUCCCCCUGAAUGGGUUCCUUGCUAUUAUACCCCAUAUCAAAUUAUGAUGCGGUAUAAAGUUUGGCGGUCUGGUUUUAAUGCGAACAGGCAUAUGUUUGGUGACGGCAUGGCACCCUUGCACAUGCACCCGUUGUGAGGUACUGCAUGUGGCGUGGACCGCGCUUAUCAGCGCCUUCCCGUUAAUUUUAUGGAAGUGUUUUCGGAGUUUGUUAACAUUUCCACUUUGGAAGUGUUUGUGCCAUGCUUUGGAAGGCACGGGCAUAUAUAUUAGUGUUAUCUUGAAUCCCUGUGUAGGCGCUGAAAUGUGAUGUUGGGGAUCUUAGUCACCUAAGUGAACGGGGGUUCCUGGUAAGGAACUCUCCUUAAAGAGUGCAUGUUUGCCUCUUGUAUUUUGGGAAGUACGAAGGUUGUGGCAUCAUAUGAACUCGUCCUAGGCGAGGUGCCCGGGAAAGAGGGCAAUUAGUCAUUACAUAAUUGGCAACUUACAAGAUCCAACGCGCAGCCGAUGCGUUGUCUUUCAUGCUCAUCCUCAGUUGGAUACUGGUUCUGGUUAAUAAGCCCAUUGCAACAAUUGGACAAGUUUGCUUGGGUGCUCUUCGUGAUGAAGGGGCUAAUUGGGUUUAAGGGGCGGAGUGCCCGGUUGUGAUUGAAUGAAUGGCACCGUUGUUGCGUUGCACUAUCCUGUUGGUGCAUUGAAGGCCUUUACCAGUGAAACAGAAGGGGUGGUGUACGGUGCCCUUUGCGACUGUGUUCCCUGUCAUGCCCCAGCUGAUAGCAAUGUUAUACUUGCAUCUUAAUAUUCAGUGGAGGCGUGCGUUGCGGCACGCCUUGCUGCUGCAAUUGCUUGGAAUCUCAGCGUGCGCGGUCCAAGCACGUCUAGCCUGCGGACCCAACACGGGUGUAGCCGUGUUGUGCUGCAAUCUAGUGGUAUGUUGGCUAAGUUGCAGCCUUUGUUGGGGCCGUAAUGUGCCCAGACACGUGUGUUGCAUGGACCGUAAGUACUGGUUUAGUAGGUGGCUAUGCGGAUCAGGCCUCGACGCUGAUGCUAUGCCAUGAGCCGGCGACACUGUUCUGUUGAGAGAUGAGCAGCAGUCAUUGUUCACCGUUGCUGUGCGUUAUGUAUGUUUGGAGCUUGGCCUUACGCAUCCCUGCUUCUAUUAGGCAUCCUGUACCGCCGGCAUGCCCAAAGCAGCAAUUCUUAUUAAUAAACCAUUUUAACUGUAUCUGCUGUUAUGUCACCCUCGUUCAGCUGUCCACCGGUCACGGCUGAUCGCGUGCCCACGGCCCGAUGUAUGUCGGGUGGCCCCACUACCUCGGCCUUGGGCUUGGACUGCACGGUAAUGCCCGGUCACUGCUAUGAGUCACAAGAGAUAAGGCACAACCGUUAAAAGGGCGUAUCCGGCAAGGAUUGAAGGGGCUUCAAAGCAAGCGACUGUAACGCCAGG